UAGAAUAUUGCACCUCCAUGAUUUUUUAGGUCUCUCUGUAUUAAUUUGAUAUUUGUACCGUACAUUGCUUGUAUCUAACGAAUUCGCCUUGUUAAGUAUCCAUCGGCGCCACGAAGUACGUGUAAAUGUAAACGGAGUGGUGAAGUUAGGAACCCUGAGUAGGGUGUAAGAUACAGCAGCGCCAUAAAGUCCGUGUAAAAUUAAAUGGUGUGGAGAAGUUAGGAACCCUGAGUAGGUUGUCGUUAACAAGGCGAAUAUAUCCUAGACCUGUACCUAUUCGCUGUGUCGUCUCAUUGGAGGGGAGGGCUGGCGCUGAUGUCAAUUUAACACGUAGUCUUAUGUAAAGAGAAACGAAUCACGGCCAACGAAGAUAGACCUUAAUAGAAGCGCAAAGCCCUGUCCUAAAGUGGAAGUGAGAACAGUGACUGUUAAGUGAUACUUAAUUUUAGUUCUGAUACUGACCAAAUAACUUCUGGGGGAGGAGGGGGGGGGGGUAACGUAUUAUCGACAGUCAUGUCAUUAUUAGUGUAUCGUCGUAGCAUGAAGUAAAGGAGCACGCUGUCCUGGGACUCACUCGAAAACGACCGAUACCUAAGUGAACUCAAAGAAAUACCUACGCGAUUUAUAAGCAGUUUGAUUUUUGUGUUGUUGACGUUUAGUCUAUAUAACAGCCAACCGUGAGCUUCUUCUGAGGAUAUAGCAAUCGAAAAAAUGGAUACUACCGAGAAGGAGACGUUGAUUAAGCUUCAGGCACUAGAUCAAUUUGAAGCCCUUCUCAACAACAAGGAGUUCAGUGACGUAAAAUUCGUGGUUGAAGGCAAAACCAUAUACGCGAACAAGGUUAUCCUGAUCUCCAGAAGCUCGGUUUUCUCAGCUAUGUUCAGAAAUCCGAUGAAAGAAGCCCAAGAGAGUGCAGUAGAAAUAACGGACAUCGAGUACAACGUUAUGUUGGAAACUUUACGAUUCGUCUACGUUGCCAAAGUUAAUGAAAUCGAGAAGUUUUCGAAAAGCCUACUAGCUACGGCCGAUAAGUAUGACCUUGGCGGACUGAAGGAGAUUUGCACGGAUCACUUGUGCACUAAGAUAUCCGUUGAAAGCGUCGUGGAGUACCUUAGUUUGGCGGAUUUACACAACGUCCGGCAACUCAAAGAAAAGGCGAUCAAGUUCAUCAUUGAUAAUGGAAAUGCGAUGGUGAAUAGACCAGAGUUCGAUUCGAUAGUCGAUUUACACAAAGGCGCUUUCCUGGAAGUUGUUCGUGCUGUGUUAGCGCGAGAAAAAAUUGAGGACAGUAGGUCGUCAAAAAGCUACAAAAAGAAACUCCAUCAGACCUACCGGCACGUUUUACUGCAAUCACUCAAGCAAAAUGUAUAAAUACUCUCUGCAUCAUGUGAAAAAAGGCACCUGCUACUCAUUACACGCAACGAGAAAUAUAUAAUCAACCUCGUCCAUAAUGCACGACGACGACCCUGACUAUAUC